AUGUAUGGUAGGAAAACCAUUUCCCCUAGAUGCUCCAUGAAAAUUGACCUUCACAAGGUGUUUGACUCUCUUGAUUGGAGAUUUAUUUCUGUUGUUCUUAAAGCUAUUCAGCUCCCUCAUCAAUUUAUUGCUUGGAUUGAAGAAUGUUUUACUCAAGCCAGAUAUUCUAUUGCUUUCAAUGGUACCUUGAUUGGUUAUUUUAAAGAGGCUAGGGGGCUUAGACAAGGAGAUCCACUUUCCCCUUACUUAUUUGUUCUUGCUAUGAAUAUCUUAACUAGAAUGCUUAAUUUGGCAGCAAACAAAAGAAUCUUUGGAUUUCAUCCUAAAUGCAACAAACUAGGUCUCACUCACUUUUCUUUUACAGAUGAUCUCCUAAUUUUUUGUAAAGGUAAUGUUGACUCGGUGGUUGGUGUGAUUAGUGAGCUUGAUCAAUUCCAUCAAUUUUCUGGACUUAAGCUAAAUUCUUCUAAAUUUGAGCUUUUUGCUGUUGGUAUUCCCAUUGGCAUUACAGAAAAAAUCAAAAGGAUUUAUGGCUUUAAAAUUGGCUCUCUUUCUGUCAAAUAUCUUGGUAUUCCUCUUGUUUCUCCAAAGCUCACUGAUAAAGACUGCGAAGCUUUAAUCAUUAAUAUCAAACAAAGGCUACAAAUCUGGUGGAGUAGCUUUGCUCCUAUUUCUUCUGGAAAUGAGUUGAUAAAAAGGUUGUUGGAGCUAGAGUUAGCUGGGCACGAAGAUUCUUGCUGGAAACGGUUCCCUCUAGGUAGCAUGGCUCAACAACUAUCUGCAUUCCCUCUUCUCACUGCUGGCAUGCAGACCAAAGAUAUCUGGGAAAUAACUCGAACACAUGAUCAAAAGGUUUCUUGGCAUCGUUUAAUCUGGUUCCCAUUGCAUGUUCCCAAACAUAGUCUGAUUGCUUGGACGGUUCUUCUCGAUCGCCUCCAACGAAUGGGAAUCUGUUCUGAAGGUAUUUGUAUCAAUUGCAACUUCUUCCAAGAGUCACGGUACCAUCUUUUCUUCCACUGCCCUCUGGCAGCCGAACUCUGGAAUUCUUUUCUGCAGCUUAAUGGUAUGAACUCCACUCUCACGUGUUGGGAUGAUUUUAUAGCUUCGGCAUGUUCUACUUGGAAAGGGAAGUCUCUUAUCACUGUCAUAUUGAAGCUUGCAUGGUCUGCUUUCACUUAUUUUCUGUGGCAAGAACGUAACAGCAGAAUAUUCUUGGGACGUCGAAGAAAUGUUGAAGCCUUGCUCAAAGAAAUCAAGGAUGUUGUAGGCAUUCGUCUAAGGGGAGAGAUGAAUUCCUCCACCGAUGGUUUUGUUGGCUCCUGGAAGGAUUUGAAGAAUGUAUCGUCGAUUCCUAAUAAGGCUGUCAUCAUUGUCAAUGGGAUUUUACUAAAAAAAAAGUGA